AGCGCGGCAGUCAGCAUGUCCGGCAGCCGCCAGGCCGCGGCCGGCUCCGCGGGGACGAGCCCCGGCUCCUCGGCGGCCUCCUCGGUGACUUCCGCCUCCUCGUCCUUGUCCUCCUCGCCGUCGCCGCCCGGCGCGGCGGCGGGCGGCCCCGGGGGCCCGGCGCGGCCCGUGCUGGCGGCGGCCGCCGUGUCGGGCGGCGGCGGCGGGGCGGCGUCCCGGCUCGGCUGCGCGGCCAGGCCCGGCGGCGGCGGCGGCGGCUCCGGCCUGGGCAGCGGCAGCCGGAAGCGACCUCUGCUCGCCCCUCUGUGCAACGGGCUGCUCAACUCCUACGAGGACAAAAGCAACGACUUCGUCUGCCCCAUCUGCUUUGAUAUGAUUGAGGAAGCAUACAUGACAAAAUGUGGCCACAGCUUUUGCUACAAGUGUAUUCAUCAGAGUUUGGAGGACAAUAACAGAUGUCCCAAGUGUAACUAUGUUGUGGACAAUAUUGACCAUCUCUAUCCUAAUUUCCUGGUGAAUGAGCUCAUUCUGAAACAGAAGCAAAGAUUUGAGGAAAAGAGGUUCAAAUUGGACCACUCAGUGAGUAGUACCAAUGGCCACAGGUGGCAAAUAUUUCAAGAUUUGUUGGGAACUGACCAAGAUAACCUUGAUUUGGCCAAUGUCAACCUCAUGUUGGAGUUAUUAGCACAAAAGAAAAAACAGUUGGAAGCAGAAUCACAUGCAGCCCAACUACAGAUCCUUAUGGAGUUCCUCAAGGUUGCAAGGAGGAAUAAGAGAGAGCAACUGGAACAGAUCCAGAAGGAACUGAGUGUUUUGGAAGAGGAUAUUAAAAGAGUGGAAGAAAUGAGCGGCUUGUACUCUCCUGUCAGUGAGGACAGCACUGUGCCUCAAUUUGAAGCUCCUUCUCCAUCACACAGUAGUAUUAUUGAUUCCACAGAAUACAGCCAACCUCCAGGUUUCAGUGGCAGUUCUCAGACAAAGAAACAGCCUUGGUAUAUCAGCACAUUAGCUUCAAGACGAAAACGACUCACUGCUCAUUUUGAAGACCUAGAGCAGUGUUAUUUUUCUACAAGGAUGUCUCGUAUCUCAGAUGACAGUCGAACUGCAAGCCAGCUGGAUGAAUUUCAGGAAUGCUUAUCUAAGUUCACUCGAUAUAAUUCAGUACGACCUUUGGCCACAUUGUCAUAUGCUAGUGAUCUCUAUAAUGGUUCCAGCAUAGUCUCCAGUAUUGAAUUUGACCGGGAUUGUGACUAUUUUGCAAUUGCUGGGGUGACAAAGAAAAUUAAAGUCUAUGAAUAUGGCACAGUCAUCCAGGAUGCAGUGGACAUUCAUUACCCUGAAAAUGAAAUGACCUGCAAUUCCAAAAUCAGCUGUAUCAGUUGGAGUAGUUACCAUAAGAAUCUGUUAGCUAGCAGUGAUUAUGAAGGCACUGUUAUCCUAUGGGAUGGAUUUACAGGACAGAGGUCAAAAGUCUAUCAGGAACAUGAGAAGCGAUGUUGGAGUGUUGACUUCAAUUUGAUGGAUCCUAAACUCUUGGCGUCAGGUUCUGAUGAUGCAAAAGUGAAGCUGUGGUCUACCAAUCUAGAUAAUUCAGUGGCAAGCAUUGAGGCAAAGGCUAAUGUAUGCUGUGUUAAAUUUAGCCCCUCUUCCAGAUACCAUUUGGCUUUCGGCUGUGCAGAUCACUGUGUCCACUACUAUGAUCUUCGUAACACUAAACAACCAAUCAUGGUAUUCAAAGGACACCGAAAGGCUGUCUCUUAUGCAAAGUUUGUGAGUGGUGAAGAAAUUGUCUCUGCCUCAACAGAUAGCCAGCUAAAGCUGUGGAAUGUAGGGAAACCGUACUGUCUACGUUCCUUCAAGGGUCAUAUCAAUGAAAAAAACUUUGUAGGCCUCGCUUCCAAUGGAGAUUAUAUCGCUUGUGGAAGUGAAAACAACUCCCUCUACCUGUACUACAAAGGACUUUCUAAGACUUUGCUAACUUUUAAGUUUGAUACAGUCAAAAGUGUUCUGGACAAAGACCGGAAAGAGGAUGAUACCAAUGAGUUUGUUAGCGCUGUUUGCUGGAGAGCAUUGCCAGAUGGGGAGUCCAAUGUGCUGAUUGCUGCUAACAGCCAGGGUACAAUUAAGGUGCUAGAGUUGGUAUGAAAGGUUUACUGAAGUCAGAUUGUACUUGAUCCUGCCGAAAUACAUCUGCAGCUGACAAUGAGAGAAGCAGCAGAAACCGUCCUGUGAUGUCUCUCCCCCAAAGUCAUCAUGGGUUUUGGAUUGUUUUGAGUAUUUUUUCUUUUCCUUUUUCCCCCUCCUUUAUGACCUUUGGGACAUUGGGAAUACUCAACAAACUCUCCACCAUCAAUGUAACUCCAUGGACUUUGCUGCUGUUGGUGGUGUGAUUCUCUAAUUUUUGUGAUAGGGAAACAAAUUCUUUUGAAUAAAAAUAAAUAAAAAAUAAUAAAAUUUUAUUGAGCCACA